AUGGCUGAUAUGUCGCCUACUCGUCGCCGCCGCCCGUCAAAGGACACAGACAGCCUGAGCCAGGAUGGGACACCUCAGCCCGCCUCAUCUGCCGCACGACGCAACGAAGACGACGAGGCCCGACGCGACUUUUUAGAGCGCAACAAACUCGCUGCACGAAGACACCGCGAGAGACGCAAAGACUACAUCGCUAACCUCGAGCGCUCGUUGCAUAUGGCGCGUCAACAACUUGAAGACUCGAGACAAGAGCUUGACUCGCUCCGACACUUGGCCACAUCUCUCGCUCAGCCCACUUCAGGCCCUCCACACCCGCCCCGUGCGUAUACGUCGAAUGGCUACGGCGGCAGCAGCCCUCCGACGCCCGUUUCCCGACCGCUGGUACACCCCCCGGCUCCCUCUCAGCCGGGCGAACCGAGAAUUCCACCGGGCGCAGCUCGAGCCCGACUACAGGCGCUUAGCGAAGUCUACGCCCGCGCCGUACGCAGCUGCGACGACCCUAUUCCCAUCCACUGCGACGCCCGAUUCAGGGACUUGUUGGCCGGAGCUGAAGACGCCGCCGCACCCAUCCGCGCACUCGUCCUCGAAUGCGAAGAGCUCAGCAAGACAUGCGUUGACGCAUCCACUUGA